AGAAGAGCUCCCUGAGCCGGGAGAUUCGACUCCUGACCUGCGUGCUUUUAUUGUUGUAUGAACUGCAAAUAACUCAUAAACCCACAAUAACCCGAUCCGCUAAAAUCCAACCGCUGUUAGCCAUGCGGUUAAGUUGUGCAGUUAUCGGGAGCUGGACCAGCUGCUGUUAACGAGGACGCAACAUUUACGACAUUGUUCGAUGAUGGACUUCUACCAUCACAAGUCCUUGGUAGUAUGAGGUAAAGCUUUCACAGAUUUCAGAUGGAGGCCAUGGAGAUAGACUCACCUCGGGUCCUGCAGGAUGGUAAUGGUGGGCAGCCAGAAGCUGUGAUUGCAGCUGAGGAUGUCAACGUGCCACACGUCAUUUCAGAUUCAGGCAGCAGCACUGAGGUGGAUGAGGAUGAAGAUGAAGAUGACAGCAGUGGAGCACAGCAGACAGGUCAGGCACCUCUCAGGCUUCCUGCCACUUGGGCCUUCAGUCAGCGGUCUGUGGAUGGAGCUUCAGCUGUUCCUUCAGCAACUCAAGGGGUCCCGAUAAGGAGAACACUCAGGCAGGGUCUCAGGGUUCAUUACCCUAGCCAGACUACAGCACCUUCCAGAGGGUUCCCGGACUUCCUGCUCCGAGCACCAGCUGCCAAUACAGCUCAGCCAGAGUCGGGCAGCACCACUGAGGCCAGUGAGUCUGAGGAGGAAACUGAAGAAAACCCAGCUGUUGGGGUGGAGGCCUCUGAACCUCCAUCAUCUGCUGGUCCUUCUCCUAAUACCUCCAUCCAACACUCUCAACAACAAGAAGCAAGAGCACCCAGCCGUACAGACGCUGCUUCAGCUGGAGGAAGUGGAAGGUCAGGCUCUCAUAUCCAGGACCUCCAGCUGACCCCUGCAGCCCCGUCUUCAGUCCAGCCAUCCCACGGUGGGGAAAGUGAAGGCGAUACCUGCACCAUCUGCUUUGAGGUGUGGACGACAGCAGGCGAACACAGGCUGUCUGCUCUGCGCUGUGGACACCUUUUCGGCAACAUCUGCAUUCGGCGCUGGCUCAAGGCUCAGGGCUCGGCUGCUAAAUGUCCACAGUGCAACAAGAAAGCAAAGCAUUCAGACAUUGUGCUGCUGUAUGCUCCGAAGCUGAGAGCCCUGGACAACUCGGAGCAGGAGGGCUUAAAGAGAUCUCUGGAUCAGGAGCAAACUCUGAGGAGGAAGGCUGAACUGGAGUCAGCGGAGUACAAACUCAAGCUUCAGGUUGUCACCAGCAAAUAUGGACAGGCUCAGCAGGAGCUGCAGGAGCUGAAGGCCUUGAUGGCCCAGACUGCCAGAAGCUCGGCUCCCCUCUCAUCCUCUUCCUCCUCUUCAUUCUCCCCUCUGUUUAGCCUGUCUCAGAGGGUGGAUGGCUCCAGGACAGCACAGUACAGCUUUUCUAAGGCAGUGCUGGUGUCUCAGGCUGGUGGCUGCAGAGUUCUGUCCUACUGUGAACCUCUGUGCUGCCUGCUGGCCUCACAGCCCUCCCCUCACGCUACACUAGUGCCUGGUUGUGGAGUGAAGAAGGUGAGCCUGGUGAACAUGAAAGCUAGUCAGUAUGUCCCCAUCCACAGCAAACAGAUACGAGGUCUGUCCUUCAGCAGGGAGAACAACAGUCUGCUGCUGUCUGCCUCGCUGGACAACACAGUUAAACUGACCAGUUUGCUUACCAACACGGUGGUGCAGACCUAUAAAACGGAUAAACCAGUAUGGAGCUGCUGCUGGUCUUUGGACAACAGUAACUACAUCUACGCUGGUCUAAGCAACGGCUCUGUGCUCGUUUAUGACACCAGAGAUACUAGCACACACAUCCAGGAGCUUGCACCUCUUCGCUCCAGGUGUCCAGUAGCAUCUUUGGGCUACAUCCCUCGGAUGGCUUCUAGCUCUUUCCCCUGUGGUGGACUGAUUGCUGGCUCACUGGAGGGGGCUUGUUUCUGGGAGCAGGUGAAUGAGACCACCUACACACCCCAUAUUCUGCCUCUAGAGAGUGGUGGCUGCACAGACAUCCAGGUGGAGACUGAGAGCAGACACUGUCUGGUCACAUACCGGCCGGGACGCUCCCAUCAGACUGUACGAUGCGUCCUGAUGGAACUGACCGUUGGCCCUCUGCAGGACCCCAGUCAGCAGCCCAGCUGCUCCUGCUCCCCUCUGCAGACAUUCAGCGCCGGCUCAUCCUGCAAACUGCUCACCAAGAACACGGUCUUCAGGAAUCCAGAUGGACGUGGGAUGCUGGUCUGUGCUGGGGACGAGGCCUCCAACUCCACCAUGGUGUGGGAUGCGGGAAGCGGCUCUCUGCUUCAGAGGCUUCCAGCUGACCUCCCGGUGUUGGACAUCAGCCCCUUUUCUGUGAAUGGAGAGAACUUCCUGGCUUCUCUUACAGAGAAGAUGCUGAAACUUUACAAGUGGGAGUGAAGGAGGACAUCUAGGUAGAAAUGUGGGACGUUACAUGCCACUGGAUAUCUCCUCAGAUAAACAACUGAUCAUUGGCUGAUAUGAGUGGGAACACUUUUGCUAUUCCUGUUUGUUUGUUGUUUUUUUUGUUUUUUGUUCAGUUAAAACCGAAGAUUUAUGUUUGUGUGAUAACGUGGUUUUUACGUAAAAGAAAUGUCUCUGUAAUUAGUGUGAAAGCAGCACACACAUCCUCAGUGAGUCUCCUGCAGAGUUCAGUUUUAGCUCCUCAGCUGCAGACACGCUUGUGGAUUAUGUUUUCAUGUUCCGGAUCUAAUGAAGGUGAAAGGUUUGUAAUCUACGUAAUCUAUGUUACUGUCCAGAUUACAGUAGAACCACACAGAAUCGGAGACAUGUCCAUCAGUUACCAUCAGGUUCUGCAACAUCUCCUUUGCAGUUGAUCUAUCUAACAAGUCUCAGAGCUACAGAAGCUGCUCUGAUUCAGUCAAGAUGCCUGGUGUUUUGUGUUCCAGUGUCGUAAUAUAAGUAAGGUUGGUUUAUCUGCAGCUGACUUGUGCGUCAUUUCACUAAUCACAGCAGUACAAAUUAUGAAUAGGUCGACUUGAGUCCAAUAUAAGCAGUUUCAAACUUUCUGUUUAUCUUCAAAGCAGCUGCAGAAGCCCAGAUGACAUUUCUAAGGCUAGCUACUGUUGGAGAUGUCUGUGCGUUAGUCGACCUCCAGGAUCUAAGUGCAAAUUUUGGCUUUAUUUGGCUGGCAGCAUCACCACACAAAGAAAUUGUUCUUUGGUUUUGAUACUGAUUGGACCUUUCUGCUCUGCUCAAAUCUUUGAAGAGUUAGAGAAAGUGAACAUGAACAUUAAAAGCUAUUUUUAGUUCUACGUGCCACUUGAGCAGUCAAACUGGAAGAGAAAGAUCCAUCUAGAUAAUGUCAACAUGCAGAUUAAAUACACUUUCUUUAGACGUGAUUGUUGUUUGAUCUUUAACAGAUCAUUAAAGUUAACUAGACUAAGAUUCAUUGCAAAUGUUUUUUUCUUCACACAUAUUUCCAUCAAAUGUCAUGACCUGUUCUCAGAAACUUUAAGUGCCAAAGUAAUUCCACUCUUUCACCCUUCUGUUUUUAGGAAUGUUAUAUGUAUAUACUAUAUAUAAUCUAUAUUUCUUACCAGCUGUUUGUGUACAACUUCUGAGUUAAUAAACAGAUUGUUUUUUUUUU